CGUCAAUAAGUGUACUAUAAGAGGGGGGAAGGGCCGCGUAAACAGAGAAUUCCAAAAAGGAAGAGUGUUUUUUUUUUUCAACCGAUACUGCAAGUACAUCAAGGUUCGAAUCAUGCCCAUUCGCCGAGCUGCUGCAGCUCCACCCAAAGAAGAGGCACCCCCAGCUAAUGCCCCAGAGGCAGAUGCUACAGCUGAAGGUUCUGCCCCUAAGAAAGAUAAAGAGCCAGUGUCUGUUGAACCUAAAUUAAAAAAGGAGGAGUCAGCGGCAGAUGAAAGGGAGGAGCCGGCUGCUGAUGGAGAGGAGCAGGCCAAAAAUGGUGGAGAGACACCUGAUGAGGGGAAUUCUGAGGAAGCAGGGACUGAACAAGGGAAGAGCAAGAAGAAAAAGGCCAAGGAUGUUGGCGCAAAAAUUGACAAGGAUGGAGAUGACAAAGGAAAAAAAGCAAAAAAGAAGAUUCCUUCCUGGGCGGCCAUCUCCUGCAACAGAUUCGCCGCAACUUCGCUUUCCCAGCCCAAAGUUGAAAAAAUCAUCAUAGAAGCGAUUGAGAGUUGCAAAGAGCGGGGUGGUGUCUCUGCCUUCACCAUUAUCAAAUACGUGGAAAAGAAGUAUCCAUCUGUGGAAAUGGACAAAAAGACCAAAAAUCUCUAUAAGAAGGCCAUGAAACGAAUGGUCGAGAAGGGUGCAGUCAAACAGCUGAAAGGCAAAGGCUUCUCUGGAAGUUUCGCAAUUGGAAAGAAGUCAGCAGUGACUGCAGAGACGAAGGAGAACCUGGGAGACUCUCUGCCUCUGAUCAUCACUCGCCUUUGCGAACCAAAGGAGGCCUCGUACAUCCUCAUCAAGAAAUACCUAGAGCAACACUUCCCUCAACUCAACGUGGAGAACAGGCCUGACAUUUUGAAGAACUGCCUGCAGAGAUCAGUGGAAAAGGGCUACCUGGAGCAGAUCACUGGCAAAGGAGCCUCUGGCACCUUCCAACUGAAGAAAGCUGGAAACAAGGUGCUCAUGGGCGGCGGACUGCUGGACGACGCUGUAGUGGCCGCCAUCACGGCCAUGAACGAACCUAAGACCUGCAGCAUCACCACACUACGCAAGUUCCUGAUGGAGAAUCAGAAGGAGCCGACUGUUUAUUUAAUUGUGGCCAACAUGAAGAGGACCUUGCAGAAGUGUAAAAUGAUGGGAUGGAUGGAGCAGAUUUCUGGUCAUGGACUCAAUGGCUCCUACCAGCUUAGCUAUCCAUAUUACCCAAGCCCAGCGGUUCUGUUUCCAGAGAUGAUGGAAAAAUUCAAACAGAAGGAGGAACAGAAGCUCAAACGCAAGAAGAAAAGUGACGAUUUGUCUGAGGAAGAAUCCCAAGAGGAGUCGGAGGAAGAAUCUGAAGAGGAAGAAUUGGAUGAUGAGCCUCCUCGAAAAAAGAGGAACCAGCGCUCUGCGCCUAGAGCUCGACAAAAUGAAAGGGCUACAACAAACAGCAGAAAACCUGCUGUAGCAAAGAGAUCAGUUGCACCAGCCAAGAAACCCGCUCGAUCAGCCAAGAGACCUGCAGCCGCUGCGAAAAAAGCACCUGAACCUAAAGCCACACCAGUCAAGAAAGCUGCCCCAACCAGCAAACCUAAAACGCCUAUAGCCAAAAAGAUGACAAACAGGGGGUCCAAACGGCCGGCACCCAAGGCAGCUAAGAAGGAGGAAUCUACAGUGAAGACUAAACCUGUUGCCCUCAAAUCACUGCGAGCCCGGAAAUGAGUCCACGAUUAUUCAAAUGAUCAACUGUAUCUCUCCAGACUGCAGUACUGGCUAUUUUCUCCUAUUAUUUGUUUAGAAACUUCCUCGUUUUCCUGGUCUUGGAGCUUUGAUGAAGAUUUAUCGACCUCUUCAAAGUUAUUCUGCUGUUUUCCACUACAGACAUUAUCUGUUCAAUAUUCUUAAAUUACAGUUAAAGGUGUAGAGUGUAGAUGCUGUUUGUGUUGUUUAAGAUGCUCAUUCAUGUCACCAUUAUGAGGAGCUGUCUCUGUCUCAGUUGUGCACCAAUGAAAAAAAUAUACUUUUUUAAAGUUCUUGUAGUCAGCCUUUCUAGAGAAGCGAGCAUUUCAGUUGUUUGGUCCACCCUUUCUUUAACAUUUUGAGUCUAAUCAGUGUUCAAGAAAAAACGAUUUGUUAGUAUUGACAAUUAAUAAUUAAUUGUUUUGUGAAAUUAGGUCUUUAGCUACUGUUAUUCCUUCGUGUAAGUCAUUUUGAAGAACAAUUAUUGAUGACUAACUUUUCAAGUCUACCUGAACACAAAAAAGUUCAGAUCUGAUGAAUUUUGAAUCAUUAAAUAAACUCUGGCGUCCAUAUCCAUGACUGUAAUUUUGUUAUAUUUAGAAAAUGAAGGAGAAUGUAAUUUGAAAAAAUGUUCUAAGCAAAUGUUUUAAACAUUCACAGCACUAUUAACCUGGUCAUACUCUUGUGUGUUAGUUUAUCAGGGGAGUUAGAUGUAAUUUUAUGAGCACUGCUCACCUUACCCUGCAUGCAUGUAUCUGAUAUACUUUUCUGUAGUCCUUAAUAAAGUGACUAUAUUUGUACUUCA